AUGGAGACCACCGUGGGGGCUCUGGGUGAGAAUAUCACAGACACUUCCACCAACUUCCUUCCUACAUUUGAUGCCCAUGGAGGAGCCCAAGCUGCUUCCUUUCCGUUCACUUUCAGCUAUGGUGACUAUGACACGCCCUCGGAUGAAGAGGAGGAUGUGACCAAGUCUCGGACUUUCUUUGCUGCCAAGAUUGUCAUUGGCAUGGCUUUGGUGGGUAUCAUGCUGGUGUGUGGCAUUGGCAACUUCAUCUUUAUCAUUACCCUGGCCCGCUACAAAAAGCUGCGCAAUCUCACCAACCUGCUGAUUGCCAACCUGGCCAUCUCAGACUUCCUAGUGGCCAUCGUGUGCUGCCCCUUUGAGAUGGACUACUAUGUGGUGCGUCAGCUCUCCUGGGAACACGGUCAUGUCCUGUGUGCCUCUGUCAACUACCUGCGUACUGUCUCCCUAUAUGUGUCCACUAACGCCCUACUGGCCAUUGCCAUUGACAGGUACCUGGCCAUAGUGCACCCGUUGAGACCACGAAUGAAGUGUCAAACAGCUGCGGGCCUCAUCUUCCUGGUGUGGUCCGUGUCCAUUCUCAUCGCUAUCCCUGCCGCCUACUUCACCACGGAAACGGUGCUGGUCAUCGUGGAGAGCCAGGAGAAGAUCUUCUGUGGCCAGAUCUGGCCAGUAGACCAGCAGCUCUACUACAGGUCCUACUUCCUCUUGAUCUUCGGCCUCGAGUUUGUGGGCCCUGUGGUCGCCAUGACCCUGUGCUAUGCCAGGGUGUCCCGGGAGCUCUGGUUCAAGGCGAUGCCCGGCUUUCAGACGGAGCAGAUCCGCCGAAGGCUGCGCUGCCGCCGCAGGACCGUACUAGGGCUUGUGUGUGUCCUCUCAGCCUAUGUCCUAUGCUGGGCACCCUUCUAUGGCUUCACUAUCGUGCGUGACUUCUUCCCCUCCGUGUUUGUGAAAGAGAAGCACUACCUCACUGCCUUCUAUGUGGUGGAGUGCAUCGCCAUGAGCAACAGCAUGAUCAACACGCUGUGCUUCGUGACGGUCAGGAACAACACCAGUAAGUACCUCAAGAGGAUCCUGCGGCUCCGGUGGAGGGCUUCUCCCAGCGGGGGCAAGGCCAGCGCUGACCUGGACCUCAGGACCACAGGGAUGCCUGCCACUGAGGAGGUGGACUGCAUCAGACUGAAAUAA